UUUUCUGUGGUCUGUCUGUAUGUUUUGUUGUGUGCAUAGCUUUAAAGACACUCUAGGGUGACAUUGGAUCUGAACUCAACUCUCUCUCUCUCUCUCUGUGGCGUGGUGUGGUGGAACGUCUUUCAUUCAUGUUGUUGUUCUUCACAUCAGGCGAAUCAGUGGAAGAAACAGGAGGGGAAGUCUCUUCAUUGUGGGAUGGGCGUAAGAGGAUUACCAGAGAGGAGAUGACAUGGUGCAAUGAGUGCGACGAUGACACCAACACCAGAGCCAUCCAGAUAAGCUCUAUUUUGCCACCUGACCUUCUCAAUGAUAGAGUACUCCCCCAAGACCGUCGCUUCAUAAUUUGCCCUUCCUGUGGCCAUCGAAUCCAAUCUCAGGACCAGGCCGGAAUUCCUGACUUGCCGGGGCUACCCGCCGGAGUAAAGUUCGACCCAAGUGACCAAGAGCUUCUGGAGCAUUUGGAAGCGAAGGUGCGAUCCGAUAUGCACAGGCUCCACCCUCUCAUAGAUGAAUUCAUACCCACCCUCGAAGGAGAGAAUGGAAUUUGUUACACUCACCCUGAGAAGCUACCAGGGGUUAACAAAGAUGGGCUAAGUCGGCACUUCUUCCAUCGACCUUCCAAGGCGUACACCACCGGAACCAGAAAGCGAAGGAAGGUGCACACAGAUGCCGACGGGAGCGAGACGCGAUGGCACAAGACGGGUAAGACUCGGCCGGUGUUUGUAGGUGGAAGGCUAAAAGGAUACAAGAAGAUACUUGUGCUAUACACGAAUUAUGGUAAGCAAAGGAAGCCAGAGAAGACCAACUGGGUAAUGCAUCAGUAUCACAUUGGCAACAAUGAAGAGGAGAAGGAUGGAGAACUUGUGGUUUCAAAGGUUUUCUAUCAGACACAACCCAGGCAAUGUAGCUCAAUUGUGAAGGAGGGUCUCUCUGGUAAGUCCAAGGGUGUGAUAGGUCAUGAGAGUUCAAGCUUCAGGGACGCCUCGUCCCUGGUUGAAUACUAUAAUUCUCCAUUCUUCUCAUACGAUCAAAGUGGCCAUAAUAGAGAAAGCCCACCUCAGCUAAUACCCAAUUUCGUCCUUCAUCCUGAUGGGUCUUCAUUUCUUCCUUAAAAGGAAAGCUCACAUUGCUAAAGAAAGAAUUAAAAAGCAAACAGUAGCUCAGAGAUAGCUGUUGCGUGUACUCGUCAUCAAAUAAUAAAUUAUUUGCAUUACUAUUUUGAUAAUAAUGAAGAGAGGGAAAUAAAAGGAAACUGACUCCUUGUUUAGAUGCUAAUAAGUGUUCAUUCUUUUAGGUCUGAAAUAGAAAUCAGUUGUGUUGGUACA